CGAUGAAGUUGCCUCCCUUGAUCAAAUCGAUAACAUAAAGCAGGCCAUCACAACUUCCACCUUUCAGUCAUCUACUGGACCAGCAUUUCUGAACCCGCGAGUCCCCUACUUUCAUGUUGAUAUAACCUCAUAAUGUUCAUUGCAACACUACAUACCUCUUAGUUUCGCCACAAGCACAUAUACCUGCUGUUUUAUCGUCAUUACCUUGAUGGAAGCUCGAAAACCAUCGUCACCAGACACUGACCUCAAUCGAGUGUCACCUGUUAAUAUAUGUACAGCCAUGUGCGACUCAAAUCGCGGCAUCGGACUCGGCGAGGGAUUUCCAUGGCCCAGUUUGAAGGGAGAUUAUGAAUACUACACAGGUCUUACACAACGAACAUCCGAUCCAAGUAUGAAGGUGGUUCAAAUCAAAGGAAGAAGGACAUGGAUGUUGACCGGGGAGAAGGAGAAGGAUGCCGCAUCUGUCAUCAACGUUAUCAUCAGUUCUACUCUAAGGGAGGGUUCGCAUAGGAGUCUUCACAAAGUUGUGACGUCAUUUGAUGAAGCUGUACAUUAUGCCGUUUCUGGACCCCGCCGAGGUGAGAUCGAGGCAAUCUGGGUGAUGGGAGGCACCCACGUGUAUGAGCUACGUCGGCGAUUUCGGAAGAGGCACGUCAUCGUCUUUGGCUGCAUAUCAUUGGUGUUGGUUCGUAGUAUGAUGAGCUAUGGACCAGAAUCGUCAGCAGACACAUCCAUGACGAGGCGACAUCUUCACGUUAAUGAGAUGAGGAAAAAGAAUUAUCUAAAAUUGGCAAUAGAGGGCAUCCAAACGUCCGAUGAAAAAGUAUUACUGAAGCGCUACCAUGACAGCCUGAUGACUGCACUGGGAAACAGAAGCGAGGAGACCAAGCUCCCCAAUCGAAAUCGAUACUCAGAAAGACGGGAUCACCUGACACGUGCGUGUGAUUCCAUACCAGGAAGACAGAAGACUUUAAGAUCACUGCACACCUUGUGGUACAUGGACACUCCUAAGAUGGUGUACUGUUCUGUUGCCAAAUCUGGUUCGAGUUUCUGGAGACGCACAUGGGAAGCGCUCAGUGUGUAUGAUGGUCAUGAAACAUCACCCUACAAAUUUGCUCAUUCAGCGUUCAAAUCCCAAUAUCAUAGGCUGGACAUUAUCAAUGCUACUAAGUCAGGAGAGAUGGGUUUUUCCUUGCUAAAACUGCUUGACACAUCUUUCAAAUAUGUAUUUGCAAGAGAUCCAUACGCACGUAUUUUUUCGGCGUAUGUUGAUAAAUUUGUAGCUCCCAAUAAUUAUUUAUGGAAACAAAUCGGAAAGAAAAUUGUCCAAUCCAGAGAUUUGGCUUCCGAUAAGAGUCUUCGAUGUGGGCAUGAUGUAACAUUUCGUGAGUUUGUGAAGUACAUCAUAGACACCCCUAGGCGUCGCCUUGACGAUCACUUUAUUCCCGUGUCUAGUGUGUGCGAUGUAUGCAACCUUCAGUAUGACGUUGUUGCGAAAAUGGAAACGUUUAAAGAGGACGUGUCAUACAUUUUUAGGCAUCUCAAUGUCGACAACAGAAUAAAGUUUAAAGAUUUCAAACUGGAGCAUUUGGUUGAUUCAGUCGUCGAUUACGUCACACGGGCCUUUUCCCAACGCGAGCGGAUUCGUCCAUGCGUGUCUUUCCACACAGCGCUUCGUCGUCUCUGGAGACAGAUGCAGAUCCUGGGACUGAUAUCAAAGCAGGAAGAGUUUCCCCUUACCCCGGAACAAAGUGAAACAUCCAAGGAAAUUGAAGUCAUCAAUUUUGCCCUUGAAGCAAGCUUGAGAAGUGGUGUGUCCGCAUCAAACAAGGAGGCCUUUCUUCAGGCAUAUCGUACGAUUUCGAAAGACGAUUUGGAAGAAAUAAGAAAAAAAUACCAUAAAGACUUUUUGUUAUUUGCUUAUGACGAUCGGCCACAUAUGUUGUUUCAGAAAUCUGAACAGUUGGACAAUACGUUUGAUUAUUUUGAUGUGCUGAAUGAAUAAUCAGGAAUGAAGCGUUAGAUGACACCCCAACUGUAAUAAACAUUUCAACAAAGCUCCUAUUAUAUAGAGAAAACUGUCACUGAACGUGUUGAAAAUUGAAAAUACCCUGGCAUUUUA